GUAGGAUGUCAAAUUUGCGGCUACCGUAAAAUGAUACAAUUCGUCCUACGCCUAAAUAUGGCGCCGUACAUGUGAACGGAAACGAAGGUUGACGACGGUGUAAAAGACUGCCUUUUCUUGAUGUUACUGCGAGUACUAAUCCAACUUCAGUGUGCUGUAAACGUGGGGUUUUAAGUUUGUAUUUUUAAUUUGUUUUCGGCCAUCUUCACUGGUAGUUUCUGUCAUGGCAACGCAGGGGACAGCGCUGCAACAGAAGGUCAGUCGGCUACUGAGCAGGCAGCUGGGAAAGCCGGUUCUGAAACCCAACAAACCACUCGCCUUGAAGAAUGAAGUAGCAAAUCGGACGCUAGAAAAAGGAGAGGCCACCUGCAUAACCGAGAUGUCUGUGCUGAUGACCUGCUGGAAGCAGAACGAGUUCAACGACGCCGCGUGCUCCAAAGAAAUACAGUCCUUCUAUACGUGUGCAAAGAAAGCUGAGGCUGCAAGGUUGAAAUCGGGUAAAGGUGCCUUUGAGCUGGACGGACGCCUCCAUCCCAAGCUGGCCAACACUCUCCUGAAGCGUUUCCCCAACUCAUUCUCUGAGAAGUAGCUUGGCCUGGCUCCGCCCCCCCACGUGUGCUGACUGACUCUGAACUGAAAGGGGGAGGAGCUCAAAGGGGCAGGUGUGGGAUCGUCGUGGCGAUGCUCAUGUCCGAGCUCUCGGUGCAAAGUGUCCACCGCCCCUACCCCAACCCCCACCCCCUCCCCGAGCUCUGUAAUGUACAUUCCCCAUUAGUGAGUUACUCACUUCCAAGGAUGGACUGUAUGGGGGGGGGGGGCGGGGAAUCAUGGCUAAAAGGUCACGCUUUUGGGUGGGGGCUGAACCAUUUAAGCACAGACCAAAGCGUGUUUCAGAAUAUUUCAAAGUAAGGACUGAAUGCCAACUAGACAUUGGAGGAGAAGAAAGAGAGAAAGAAAAAAAAAAAACAAUGACCUUUUAUUCCCUUCAUUCGACUGUAAACAGAACAAGGUCUGGCUUACCUCAACAUUAAAGGAAUGGAAGACAAAACCAUAAGCUCCUUUUUCAUGUGAUAUGCAAACAAACUGUGAAUGGGUUUUGGUCUGGCGUUCAGUGCCGUUGAGUUGCAUGUGUUGCACAAAUAUAACUAUUCUGACUGGCCACUUAGUUAUAUAACUGAAAGAUGAGGUUGCUAGUUGUUUGUAUUCUUGCAGGUGUUAUACAAGGCCUUUUUAUUUACAAGCCAAAAUAUAAAAGAACCCAGAAUAAUAUGAGCCUUUUUGAUCGUGCCUGUGUCAGUUGGGACGGAUGGGAAAAUUGGGAGCGUGCUGGGCUGAAUGGCCUGCUCUCGUCGCUGUGUUUUGUUAUGCUUCGUUAUUUUAGGGGUCUGCUGUGUAGAGCUGGUAGGAAGUUUACAUCCCGCUAGCUAACGGCAUUCUGCGCAUAAGCAGAACUUAGCGGCUCACAUUCUGCAUUCUCCUGAGUCCAAGCAGUCUUUCAGAGAGAGAGACACACAAUUAAUCAGUACAGAUGCGGCCAUUGCCAGAUUUUUUUUUUCUUUAUUUGUUACACUGCCUGGCCUGAUUUACAGAACUUCAGAUGCACUUUUGAUGAUUAGUUCUUUUAAUUUGGUUUUGGUUUCAGGUCUUCACAAAAAAAAAAAAAAAGGAAAAAAAAAUAAAUAAAUAAAUCACUUCUAAUUUAUUGGGACCAGAUUGUUAGUAUAACUUCUAUGUCCAAGGGAAAAUUAUUUGAGCAACUACUUCUGUUGUUUCAAGUGAGAUAAUUAUGUCAGGCUUGUCAUUACAGUUCUUAAUCAUUCUAUUGCUGAACGAAAAAUGACGUGUUCUGUUUCUUUAUCCUCAAAGCACUUUCAAGCAGUAGAGCUUUAAUUUAGUAAUCUUAAGCACUGUAGCUAGAUGCUGUCAGUCUCUGGCUCUCUGUUACGCUCUCCCCCAGUCACUACAAAUCUGUUGAAAUCAAACACCUUUGUUCAGCCAGGGUAAUGGUUUCCACCGGACUCAAAGUUUAAAGAUAAUUGUUUGUGCCUGUUUUUAUAUGAUUUAAAAACAACGCUCGCUACAACGCCAUAUUGGGGGAAUAGCCGGAUCUGAUUA